AUUGCACAGAACUGAUAAUCGUUUCCCAGUACAGAUACAUGCGCUAUAGUAAGUUCUGUUCUCAAGAAUACUAUUAAAUUUUACAGUUACCUUAAUCUAUCUUAUGUUUCUGCCAUAAACACGUCGAUCUAGGGCGCAGCAUUUUAAAUAGCAAAACUGGUUUCCAAAUUUUAAAUCCAAGCGCAAAAAUGGACGCCGGCGUAACUAGUCCAAUCAAGACAGGACCCGAACUUGAACAGUGCAGUCGGAUCCGUAUCAGUUUGGCACCGGUUUUUGAAACCCUGCAGGAUUUCCGUCGCAGUGGAGCGUUUUGCGAUGUCGUUGUACUAGGCUACGAUUCCAUGCGUGGAUACGAUUGCCAUAGUGUAGUGCUCAGUGCAUGCAGUGGAUAUUUUCGGCGAAAGUUGUUUCUCGGCUGGAGAAGUUCUACAAGACAAGAAAUCCGACUGGAGACGAUCGCAGUCAGGACACUUUAUGAUUUGAUUAUGUAUGCAUACUCGGAGGAGAUAGAAAUCAACCGCCAUAAUGUUGUGCCGCUUCUUGAAGCCGCCCGUGUCCUGGAAAUGGACUCAGUUGCGGAUGCCUGUUGGGACUUUCUGGAAAAAAAUAUGGAUGUAACAAACUGCCUAACAGUUCUUCGUUUCCCUGAUCAGACAAGCCAAACGCACGCCAAAACAACCACGAAAGCUAUAGCAUUUGCUUAUCAGAAUUUUUUUGAGCUAACACGGACUAACGAUUUUUUGCAUCUGGAUAAGAAAGUGCUUGAAAAGUUGCUAAAUUCCAAUGAACUCAGCGUGGCGAAUGAGAAUAUCGUCUUCGAAGCCGUGAUGCGAUGGGUGGACAAUAACACGGGGGAACGGCUAGCCUAUCGAAGGGAGAUCCUACAGUUCGUGCGUUGGCCCUUUCUCAACCAGAAAAACCUAAGUUGCUACCGGUCAAUAAGACCUCUUUGGUAUACCGGACUUAAAGAUGAGUGUUCCUUAAGGGAACUUAUGAGAAACCUAGUUAUUAAGUCAUCGCAGCGUCGCCCGCGAACUUCAUACGAAAUGAAGAGGGUUAUCGUAAGCAUCGGAGGGGAAAACAGGUUUCGACACCCGCAACUGCUGAACACAGUGGAAUUCCUACACCUUACUCCAGAUGUAUCAAAAUCAUGGAGCAGUUCGUCAUUCCCUUAUAAUAUUAGCGAUGCCGGUGUUACUGUUACGGAAGAUAACGCAUUAUUUGUAUGCGGCGGUCGCUCGCAUUAUCAGAGCCACUGUUAUCGUGCUGUUUCGCACGCAUACCGUUACGAUCCAUAUCAUGAUCCGCACUCUUACCAUUAUGGGAAUGGAUGGAUAAAGGUCGCCGAUUUGCAUACGCCGCGUGAGCGAUUCGCCAUGGCUUCGAUAAAGAAUCGUAUCUAUGCUGUUGGUGGGCGAGUGACCGAUACGCAAGAUUUGAAAACCGUGGAGUGUUACGAUCCUUCCACGAAUACAUGGCGUUAUGUGGCUAGCUUGCCCAUUGCCAUGCACAGUUUCGCCCUUGUGGCGUGUGGUGGUCGAUUAUACACAAUCGGGGGCGCUGUGUGGAUCGGCCAGCGAAAUCUUUAUGUUGUGCGGUCUGUCCUGUGUUACGAUCCGGACAGGGAUGAAUGGAGUGAAGUGGGGAAAAUGCGGUUAGGACGUUAUGGAUGCUCGGCUUGCGUUGGUCCGGAUGGCUUGAUAUACGUCUUCGGUGGAGAAGAUACACCCUUUUGCGUUGAAACUUUCGAUGCGAGAACGUAUGAAUGGUUCCAAAAAGACGAUAUGCUACAGCCGCAUAAAAAUGGCGGCGCUUUUCUUGUAAAUGACGCAAUCUGCGUCAUGGACCCCGAUAGUGGACUGGAAGUUUACAAUUUUGAUUUGCACACAUGGGAAACAAAGAAGGCCGUGAUAUAUGGACCGCCGUACACUAAAGGAUGCGCAGCUGUUGUGUUGGAAAUUGACAACCGUAACACGCCUAUACGUUUUCCUGCAGUAAGUACAACGAAUAUUCCCGCGUUCCACACCGGCGCCGUGCCCAACUGCAAAUCUGCAGCAAUCAUGGACGCUGACGCAAUUUGCCCAGUCAAAGCUGAAUACGAACCGGAACUACGCAGCCGGGUCCGUAUUAGUUCGGAGCCGGUUUUUGGGAGUCUACGGGAUUUUCGUCGUAGUGGAACGUUUUGCGAUGUCAUCGUAAGAGGCUACGAUUCAGUACGUGGAUAUGAUGGCCAUAGCGCUGUUCUGAGUGCGUGCAGUGGCUAUAUCCGGCGAAAGCUGUUGUUGGGUUGGAAAAAUUCUGCACAGCAAGAAAUUCGGCUAGGCACGGUCUCCAAAAGAACACUUUACGAUUUGAUAAUGUACGCGUACGGCGCGGAGAUCGAAAUCAGCCGUCAUAACGUUAUCACGCUUCUUGAAGCGGCCCGCCUGCUAGAAAUGGACUCCGCUGUGGAUGCAUGUUGGGAUUUUUUUGACCAAAACAUGGAUGAAAUGAACUGCCUAACAGUCCUCCGCUUUCCUGACCGGACAAGCCAAAAGCACGCCAAAAUAGUCAAAAAAGCUCGAAUGUUUGCUGAUCAGCACUUUUGUGAGCUAUCGCAGAAAAGCGAUUUUCUUCAGCUGCAAAAAGACCUGAUUAUGAAGCUUCUAAGUUCCGACGAACUAAUUGUGCCCAAUGAGAAUGUGGUCUUUGACGUCGUGAUGCGCUGGUUAGACCAUAAAACUGCGGAACGAGGCGCCCACCAAACGGAAAUCCUGCAAUUCGUUCGGUGGCCAUUUCUCAGCCAGAAGAAUCUAGAGCGCUAUCGAUCUAUAAAGCCUCUACUGGAGACUGGCCUUGGCGUAGAUUGCUCGUUAACGGAAAUUAUGGCGAACCGCUAUAUCCAAAAUUUGCAGCGCCAGUCACGAGCAUCAUACGAAACAAAGAAGGUAGUCGUAUGCAUCGGCGGGGAGAAUUACUUCCGACAUCCACGAAUUUUGGACACGGUAGCGUUUUUAUGUCCUCUCGAUCCCGAUAUCCACAAAGCGCGGGAACAUUCAACGUCUUUUCCCUAUCACGUGAGCGACUGCGGUGCCGUCGUUACGGAAGAUAACUCGUUAUUUGUGUGCGGCGGUCGCUCACAUCAUAAUAGUUCUUGCUAUUGUACUACCGCGGAUGUGCACCGCUAUGAUCCAUUCUACAAACUGGGUACCGGCAAAAGAUGGGUAAAGGUCGCCAGUAUGCAGACUGUGCGUGAACGAUUCGCCCUGGCUGCACUGGAUAAUCGCAUCUACGCUGUCGGUGGCCGUGUGUCCGAUACGCAAGAUUUGGCCACCGUGGAGUGCUACGAACCAGCCGCGAAUGCAUGGCGCUACGUGGCCAGUUUGCCGGUGGCGAUGCACAGUUUUGGCCUGGUGGCGUGCGGAGAUAAUUUAUACGCGUUUGGAGGCGCUUUGUGGAAAGAUCGGGAGAAAGUCAAAGGUCUAUGCUCUGUUCUGUGUUUCGACCCGGAGCGCAACGAAUGGCGCGAAGUGGGUAAGAUGCCGGAGAGACGUUAUGGCUGCUCGGCAUGUGUUGGGCCUGAUGGUCUCAUUUACAUUAUCGGAGGCGAAGACACACCUUGUCGCGUAGAAACGUUCAAUGCGAGCACUUGCGAAUGGAUCCGAUUAGGUGAUAAGCCGCAGCCGCACAAGAAUGGCGCUGCCUUUCUUGUGAAUGACAAAAUUUGCGUCAUGGACGCCGUUACCGGGCUGCAGGUUUACGAUUUUGCAUCGGACACCUGGGAAACAAAGGAUACGUCGUAUGGAUCGCGGUACACUAGCCAUAAGGGAUGCGCAGCUGCAGUUAUGGAAAUUAACGACAAACGACGUCCUGUUGUAACUGCCGCAUUCGUCAGUAGAAAACGGUCCCGGAGUCGGAGCUAACAAUCUGCUUAACGAUUCAAAAAAAGGCUUCAUGCGUGUCUUUCGUUACUUAAUUCCCGUUAAGGUCCCGAUUGACCUGCAACCUUACAACUUUGCACCAUUGCAACUUCUGUUCCGGCAAGGCAGUCUCGAUUUUUCGAUAGCGCAAAUUUUGAAACAUGCGGAAACAUUCUCCUUUUGCCCAGUCGUUGUAAAUAAGCUGCAUAGUAUUUAAAAAUGAGACUUUAAUGGCAAUUAGGCCGGAAACAGUGUUUUUACAAAAACAUCCGCUGAGGAACGAGUUGCUACUGUGAUGUGGGACUGGAGAUUAUUCUCAGUGCUCGUUUCUGUACUGAAUUCAGAAUUGUAGGCUC